AUGUCAUGUCUUCCAGCUUAUAAGAACUGCGCUGAACUGUACAAAGCUGGAAAGCGAUCAAGUGGAGUUUACAAGAUCGACCCAGACGGUGCUGGUGCCUUUGACGUGUACUGUGACCAAACAACAGCCGGUGGGGGGUGGACAGUGUUCCAGAAGAGACUGGAUGGCUCGGUUAAUUUCUACCGCGGCUGGAACGACUACAAAAAAGGGUUCGGAAAUCUGAAUGGCGAGUUUUGGCUCGGACUGGACAAAAUUCACCGCCUGACAAAAACUAAAAGCAAACUUCGAGUGGAUCUAGAGGACUUCAACAGAAACACGGCUUAUGCCGAGUACAGCUACUUUGCUAUAACAGACGAGAGAAGCAAAUACAAGUUGAGUCUUGGAACUUACACCGGUAAUUGUAUUACUUACUUAAUUAAAAAUGGAGUUCGGGGAAAGAACUUUUAAGGCCUAAGUUAAUGCUAAUGAUUUUGAAGUUAAAGAAAUAAAUACUCACCUCAGAGAUACAGCUAGUCCCACAUGCAAUGAAGUAUGUAAUAAUCACACAGCUAUCACGAAAUAAGAGUACUUCAAAUUAAUAUAAUAUGGAGCGUUAGAGUGAUUUUACUUCGACCAUGAAACGGAUUCAAUGUUUCCUACUGUCUUUAGAUCUUAACCAUCGUAUUGAAAAUCACAGUAAUGUGGAGAAAAAUUUAAGGAAACAUCUUUUGUUCCAAUUUCAUUUUCCAGGAAAUGCUGGUGACUCGCUAAGUUAUCACAAAAGCUUAUCUUUCUCCACUAAAGAUCGAGACAAUGACCAGCAUUCUGGUAACUGUGCUACAGAUUACAAGGGAGCUUGGUGGUACAGGGACUGCCAUCGUUCCAACCUGAACGGGCUCUAUCAUCACGGUAGUCACUCUUCACAUGCUGAUGGUGUGAACUGGUAUAACUGGAAGGGACAUUACUACUCCGCUAAACGAGCUGAAAUGAAACUCAAACCAGUCAACUUCUAAACCAACAAAGAGCGGUUGUCAGUGUUUAUAUCUGCUUGAUUCGUAAUGAUCUUUUAAACAACUUGACUGUACAAAUUUUGUUAGACUGCUGCUGAAAUGAUAAAUUAAGCAUAACAAACUUUAUAACAUAACAAAAGUAAAUCGCGCGUUCUGAUUGGUCGGUUAGCCACUACCAUUUGCCCCUGGUUGCACGCCAAGAAACUGAGCUAGCGCGGUCAAAUUUAGGCAAAUUCAACAAAUCUCCUCUCCUGACGGUAAAAUACACCGAUGAAAUGCACAGAUGAAAAGUGGAAGUUGAAGAAAAUACUAAGCUGUCGUUUUGAAGGAAAAAAAAGAGAUCAAAUGACAAAUUUGCUCUGGAUGAAUUAAUCACUGUUUUCCUCGCGGCUAGAAUCGGCUGAAGUAAAAUCGAGCGAGCAAAGAUUUAAGGUACUUUUGGUGUGUUUUUUAUAAAAGAGAAAGUCUGUUAGAAAUUUAAAUUUAUCAAUUAGCAUUGCGUUAUUGACUUUUUGCUCAAGCUGAUGCUAAAUUCAAGCAAAUAUUUUAGGAAACACGCUCGAAUUCGACACAGCUUUAAUUUGUUGUGAAGUUUUCAUCGCAUCGAUUCAAAAUUUUAGUUGAGUUUAAGAGCGGAUGUCAGUAAAUAUCGACCAGACGUCUACAAAAUUGAAAAAUCGAAAAUUCUCAAAAACAUUCACAAAGUAGCACUAGGUAAGCUAUUGACAUAAAUGUAAUUUUUACUUCAAUCCGAUUAUUAUUUUCCACGUACGGGGGGGUUAUUGGUUUCGCGGCUCUCGGACCGGGUUUUCCAGGCCCGAGACCAUGUGUCACAAAAAAAUCGUUUUAAAAUUCAAAUCCAUUGUAAUGCGAACAACAAAUAAAUUAUUCAGAAGAGUACAUAAUUGCACACAUUUUAAGUGGUGAUUUACUCAGUUUGAACGAAAAUGUAAUAUUUUGGAGAUUUUUCAUUAUUUUCAAUAUUUUGAACGUUUUCGUUCAAUGAAAAAAUGGCAAAUUUCAAAGCCCCAAAUCGUCGACUGGUACCUCGAUUUCAGUAACGAGUCUUAUACCACGUUAAAGAGCGUUAUCUCUUCUUUCAAAAUCUGUUUUCAAAACUACGGGCAACUGAAAAGAAAAUUUUUGAGGCCAAAAAAAAACAAGUAGUACUUUUCUGAAAUUUGAGCUUUCCAGACUCAGCGGACCGAUGCUAAAAACUCAGAAAAAUGCAAUAAGAAAUCAGUUUGAGCAACAGUGGUUUAACGUUAUCAGCUAUCAGAAACAAACACGUGUUUAUCGAGCGAUCUGAUAAAAUUUAAAGCCGUUUUCCAACAAGAAAAGCAGAGUUUAGCCAUCUUCUGCUACCAAACGCACGAGUCACGUAAGGUUGUCAAAAGGCAAAGCACAGUAAUAAACUUCAAAAAGCACAACGUUUCUGCGUCCAGGAAUUAGACUUUAGCGGACAGAACAAUGCCUACGAGUGUAUGUUUCAUACCUUAGCAUGGGUCUCCUAGAUAUUGGAAGUAAAAAACAUCAAGCACAGCAUCGGCAAGAGCGUCUUCAGCUGCUCUCAAACGACGGAGAUUGCGUUACUUUUCACAGAUUGACCGCUUACCACCUGUUUUUGGGCUCGCAUUUAGACGGAUCUGAACUCUUCUUCACGAGACAUUGAACUGAAUUUAUCGGAAAUAUGCCACCACCACCAACAACACGAGCUUUUUUCGGGUAUUUGUCGUUUUUUUAUACGAAAAGUUCGGGUAAGCAGAUUCACGCAAAAACCAUUUGCCUUAAAAAAUGUGUUUAAAAGCCCACCCUGGAUUUGAAGCAAAAAGUAUUUCCUCGAAAUAAGCUAAAAAGUACCCAAUUCACGCGGUGAAAAAAUGGAUGAUUAUGGAAGGAUUAUCGAAUUCUUACCUAACCUGAGGGAUUUCCCAAUUUCCCGUGAUGUAGGAUUUGGGGUAGGAAAAAAGCCCAUAACCUGCUCCUGUCGUUGUAAAUUUCCUCAAGAUCAAAAAUUUCAGUAAGAACCGAAAAAAAAAAAAAACAGCUUAAAGGAGGUGCACACACCUUGACCUAGCCAGGGAAAAGGGGCUUCUGAUUGAGCUUAACUGUCAUUGAUGCACGGUGCAAUUAGUUAGACCUGUUACUAUCCCCCGCGCAACCACAGGAACAAGUCCAGCCAUUUGGGCCCAGGGGUGGGGAGUACUUUGAAGCGGUCCUGUCGGGGAGUUUCGGGGGUAGUGGGCGGGGAAAAUCGAAAACAAGUUCUCUUUGUUUUUGUGAAGUACAUCAUUUCUCGCACGGUUGACAAGGUGACGGCGGACUCCAUAGCUGUGGAAAGGCCCUUUUGAAACAUGUGCCGGCAACAUGCAGGGCAUCACGAAAUUGACGUCUACACCUUGAAUCAACUCCAUGAACAGGGAGAGGCGAUAAGUCCCAUCUUAAAAGAUGCUUGAUGUUUAGACGUGAAUAGUCUGUCCGCAGUAAUUUUUCAUUUUGUAUAUCGGGACCAUUUGAUAGCGCACGAGGGAACCGGAGCGCAGUAACGAGCCCUAACCCCACCCAAUUGCCCUUGCGGUCAAUAAAUCAUCGCGUUUUUCAUUUUUUUUUUAUGCGCGUUCGAGAGCCUCCAAAGGGAAUAUUAGUUUCAGUUUAUUUUACCGACAAAAAAGAACCAAACAAAGCAAAAGACAAGUAUACAGAAAUACGCAGAAGCAAUGUGGUGGGGAAGCCCAAAAAGAAACCAUAAGGCUUAGGUCAUCCCCUUUUCGUUCGUUUAGCGUUGAAUAGGUUUCCUGGCUUUGGGUGGGUCGGUCGGUAGGGUGAAAAAAAAUCACAAGAAAUCUGAGAACAGGAGACCUGAAACACCAGCAUCAUUGCCGUGGAGCCUGAAAACAACAAGACAUGGUCACCAAAUCGACACAAACUCAAUAUUGUGGAAAAUGUGAUGGUCAAUUUCAUAAAAAAAGGCCCAAAAAGGGUAAAAAGCAAAAAGGAUACACCACCGAACGUUUUAUGCCUGGAAAUGCUGUUAUAAUGCUCAUUUCGUAGAUUAAAAGAAUUAAUUGAAGUCCAAAAAAAUAAACCUUGUCGUUUCUUUUUCUUGCUUUUUUAAAAAAAUGCCAAAAAACUGGGUCUGUUGGACAACACUAAACGAAGAAAAAAUUAAUAUAGGUAUUAAGCUCCCUUGAAGUAUAAAAGUAUAAGUUUACAAGGACAGGAUGGAACGUAUACUGAGUAACUAUAAAUGAUAACAAUUUGAUCAAAAUUAAAUGAAAGGCUAAGAGUCUAAGCGCUGUCUGAUAACGAAACGGUAAACAAGAAGUGCUGCCUGUCAUUUAAUAGAGACGUGAAAUACUGGGUAGACCACAUCCUGAACUCCUGCGAAAACCGGAAGAGAGGAACGCUCAGGGCUAAGGAGACUAAACAGGGGCGUAGCUACUUGUAUGCACGGUUCGCACGUGCGUACCCGAAAACGUUGAGGAGAAAAAAUAGGAUGAAAUAAACUCAACUAAAAAAAUCGGUUUCCAGAGAAGCGAGGACAUUAAUUGGAGAACCGAACCUUGGAUGCUUUAUUUAUAUAGCAAGCUUGAUGAUGUAAAGCGUGAACGCGUUGUUUUCUCCACGACCUGUCUUCGGAGUAGACGAUGUAGGGCACAAUUACGUCAAUGUGUGGUGCUUUUGUCGGUCAAAAAUAAUGUGACAAAAAAGGGUAAAAAGAGCCAUUUGUAAACUAAAGUCGGAGGUACUACAAGCUUGAUUUUUAAUAGCUGAAUUAAUGAUAAACGGUUGACGUCAAUGAACAUAACAAGCCGACAGAAUUAAAGAAUUUUAGAGGUUGUGUCAUUUCAUAAACAGCAAAAAUGCUUUUGCUUACAACCGUUAACCCCACCUUUAAUAUAGGCACCUUAAAAAAUGUUGAGAUUUGGGGUGGGGGGAGGGGGGGGAGACGAUGUAGAAAAAGUUGGGUGUACCUCCGGAAAAAUCCUGACUACGCACCUGCUAAAUCCUGAAACUGAACAACAGGCGUCCUCAGUUAUCAUCUGUCCGGGGUCGUACUUUCAAGGAAGCGCUGAUCAAGAAUCACUCAUGACGGAAUGAAAACUCCUCGUAGCUUCCAGCGAAAAAAGGAGUGACAACAGUGGUAAGCGGUCGUUCUGUGAAAUGUAACGUAAUCUCUGCCGUUUACGAUCUUUCGGCGCUUGGAUUUAAAACGUUGUUGUUUGGUAUGUUCUCCUGUGUGGAUACUUGGCCUUUCCAAUAUAUGGAAAGACCAUGCUAAGGUACGAACAACAGACAUUCACAACAUUGUUUUGUACGCUAAAAUCUGCUUUCAUGGACGCAAAACGUUUUGAUAUUAGUGCUUUGCCCUCCCUUUGACAACUUCACGUGACUGGUGCACUUGGCAGGAGUUGACAGCUUAAAUCUGCCUUUCUUGAUAGCAAAAGGCAUUAAUUUAUAUCAGAUCGCUGUAUAAACACGUCUUGGUUUCUGAAAGCUGAUAACUUGAAACCACUGUUUCUCAAACUGAUUUCUUAUUGUAUUUUUCCGAGUUUUUAGCAUCGGCCCGCCGAGUCUCAGGGGAGUCUCGAAAGCUCAAAUUUCAGAAAAGUACUACUUGUAUUUUUUGACCUCAAAAAUUUUCUUUUCAGUUGCCCGUAGUUUUGAAAACAGAUUUUGAAAGAAGAGAUAACGCUCUUUAACGUGGUAUAAGACUCGUCACUGAAAUCGAGGUACCAGUCCAUGAUUUGGGGCUUUGAAAUUUGCCAUUUUUUCAUUGAACGAAAACGUUCAAAAUAUUGAAAAUAAUGAAAAAUCUCCAAAAUAUUACAUUUUCGUUCAAACUGAGUAAAUCACCACUUAAAAUGUGUGCAAUUAUGUACUCUUCUGAAUAAGAUAUUUGUUGUCCGCAUUACAAUGGAUUUGAAUUUUAAAACGAUUUUUUUGUGACACAUGGUCUCGAGCCUGGAAAACCCGGUCCGAGAGCCGCGAAACCAAUAACCCCCCCCCGUACGUGGAAAAUAAUAAUCGGAUCGAAGUAAAAAUUACAUUUAUGUUAAUAGCUUACCUAGUGCUACUUUGUGAAUUUUUUUGAGAAUUUUGGAUUUUUCACUUUUGUAGACCUCUGGUCGAUAUUUACUGACAUCCGCUCUUAAACGUUCACAUUACUCUGGAAUAAGCGAAUUUCAUUGAGUACAGAAACAUUUGAGUUUUCAAAUAAAGUUUUCAAAAAAUAACUUUACUGUGUUUAAUUUGUUCUUCAGUGUUCAUUCAUAACAGUCGUUCAGAGAACGGUCGAAAAACAAUAGCUUCAGCGCCGGCUGUGUGUCGGCGAAUUUCAGUUGCAACUUUGACUUUCAUAGCUGGAUUUCCCCAGACAGAUUUCGAUACAAAGCUAGUUAAUUUCUUUUUAAAAUUAGUGCUAGCCGUUAUUCUAAAGGAAUUACAGUCAGAUUUUCUCAUUUCUACUUUACGUUUAUUUCAAAAAUUGACACAUAAAUAAGCUUGACAAUUAUUUUAUGAUCAUUUAUUUAGUUUUAGCUUAUUUUUUAAAGUCUUUUUAGUUGGUGUUUAUAGUUGCAGUUAUAGUUUUCCCUCAAAGUUUUUACCCUAAUAUUAAGAGCAAGUAGACAGAUGCCAUUCAGAAUAACAACGGAAAAGGUUUUGCAACUUACCUGAAGACGGAGAACGGUUGAUUCAGAGAAAGAACAACUCAAAGGGGCGGGCAGACGGCAGCAUACAUGAACUCGGACCAAUGACUCAACCGAAGGCAAAUAGAAAAUAAUGUUUUUCUCUUUUGAUUAUGUUAUAAAAGAAAUGGUAAACGUUGCAGCUGUGCAACCAUGGAGUUAUGGAUGCACUUGGGAGGUUUGCUAAGUACUCAAGAAGCUAGAGUCGCACUCGGCUAUUGCCUCGUGCAACUCUUACGCUUCUUUCGUGCUUAGCAACCUCCCGCGUCCAUCCAUAACUCCAUGGUUGCACGCUGCACGUUUACCAUUUCUUAAAUUGUCACAGAUUUGAUGGAAAAAACUAUAAAAUAAAAGAUGUUACAAUUGGCUUUCGCAAUUUACCAUAUUGUUUUUCAUUUAUACUAACUGCCUUCUGUCCUAUUAGGCCCGGUUUAAACGUCGAACUUUACAUGUGCCGAACCUAAUACCUAUUUAGGUCGACCCAAACUAUCAAGUUCGACUGUUGAUUCAGACGGUCGAACUUUACAUGUGCCGAACCUAAUUCGUGGCGAAAAGAAACAUCAUCCUUACUGCUUAAAAUAGGACCAUUCUUGCGCUAUAGUUCUUCGCUUAUCGCGCGCUUAGUAGGCACUGCGUACUCACUGCGUAUGUAAUGUAUCGGUCAAAUCAAAGCUUCAACAUGCCCCCCCCCCCCCGGGCAAACCCCCGGGCAUUUGACUUUUCUGAAAAUUAUUGUUCAAAUUCCCCCCUACCCGGGCCAAAAUGCCGUUCAAAUGCCCCACACUAGGGUCCAUUCAGGUGAUCAAAUGCCCCGACCCCGGGGACAUUUCACAGGCACAUAAUGACAGAAGGACGGCGGAAACACCUUCAGUUGUGGAGCAAAAUAUUUAUAAAUAUAACAAAAACUGAGAAGCACUGUUAGCGUAUUUACUACGAACAAAAGUCUCGUGCAAAGCGGCGGAAAUCGCUGCUACAAGGUCACUGAAUGCUCAGCUUUUCUUCGUCAUCCAACAUACAAAGUGUUGUAUAAAAAAAGAUGCCACCUAUUGAGAUUACGACAUCAUGAUCAUUUCACUGACAUGCAUCAUCGCUCACCUUAUUAAUUAACAUACUUGCAGUAGGUCAAAGUAGUUGAUCUGAGCUUUUUAUUUUAUUUUUUUAUGUUGUUGUAUUGAAUCGCUGAUAUAGGUAUUGUAUUUCAUUGUAAACACAACAAUAAAAUACAUUCAUACAUUCAAAGCCUGAAUCCAUAUUAAACAUUUUAAAAUUUAAAUACUUCAAAUACGGCACAAAGCUUGUUUAAGCCCUUUCCUCGCAAUCAAUUGGCCACAAAGGCACAAUCUUUUCCACGAAAAUCCUCUAACACCGCGUCCCCCAUGAUAGCUCGCCACGCCAAAGAUUUUACAUGAAAUCGAGGAUGCAAUUCAAAUUCCCCACCCCUAAAGCAUGGGGAUCAAAUUCCCCACCCCCUGGAAGACUCUGAUAAUCAAAUUCCCUCCUCCCCGGGACGGCAAAGGUGUCAAAUGCCCGGGGUAUGCCCGGGGGGGGGGGGGCAUGUUGAAGCUUCGAUUUGACGGAUACAUAAUCAGUACAUCGAAAAUAGGUAAGCACGCUAACAAGUUUGUGCCUAUUUAUUUCAUUAUUUUUUAUAUCAUAAGGAGAAAAAAAAUGCUUUGGAAACAACUAAAAAGUGAGUUGCUCUAUAAUUCAAUUCCUUAUGUUUGCUUUCACAGUUAAGUGUUAAUGUAAUUUUUCCCGUUGCUUCUGUAUCUUCCCCGCGAGUGAGCGACUGGCCGGAGAAGACGGCUGUAAUUCAGGUUAUUGUUUUGGUGCAAGGGAGUCAUUUGUGAGUAAAAUAUCUGUUUUUUUCGAAUAUGGUGUUCUGUUGGUUUAUGUCUUGAAGCGGUUCCGUCCAGGUAUACAACAGGUUUACAAGAGAUUUCUGAGGAUAUUGUGCCAGCGUUUUCUUCCUAAAAACCCACAAUUUGAAAAUCUUACUUAUCAUCUCUGAUCAUUUUUUUUUUGUCCCGCUUCAAAAAAACCUAUUGCUUUCAAUUAUUCCACUUUCUGAAGUUCACUGAUUAUUUGGUCAAGCUUAACAAAUGCAAGAGGCUCUUUAGAAUUUAAUAUACAUAUUGGAAAACUAAGAAUUAUGCUUGUCACAUGCUUUCGGAUCUAUUAAUUAAAAUGGGAUACUAUAGUCUUGUAGUCCACCGGAUUUGACCAGAGGUCAGAGAUCAACAAGGUUAUGGUUUGUUUAAGCAAUAGACCACACUUUCUAUGGGUUUACCGGCGUGAUAACCCACGCGGGAUGUUGGGAGAACACGAGAAAAGCUUGUAAAUCACGAGCCGAAGGCGAGUGAUUUACAAGCUUUUCGAGUGUUCUCUAACAUCAAAUGAUUAUCCUCAGCUCGCUCCAAAAAAAUGAUCUAUUCUAUAAAAAAUAAGGGUGUAUGUAAAUGGCGGAACCUGCCCGGAACCGCCCGGAACCAACCGGAACCCCCCGGAACCUACCCGGAACCUUGAAAAAAGCGCAAAUGAUAAAAUUUUAAAAAAAAACAAAUAACAAAAAAUAAUACAAAUCAAAUAAAAAUAAUGAAAAUGAAAUAAAUAUACUAAAUAUAGGUAGCUUCCACCUUAAAAAUAGUCUGAAAGCUACAAUUUUUAUUAUUUUAUUUCGUUUUAAUUAUUUUAAUUUGAUUUGUAUUAUUUUUAUUGUUUAUUUGGUUCCCGUCCUCUUGUUAAAUCAGCCUAAUACUUGAACAGGUCGGCACGUGACUAACGGAAUGCCAAAGACCAAAGUACAAAGUUUUGUUUUACGACUCGAAUUCCACGUGCGCUGUGGAAGUCAGCGAGAGAGCGUGGACAGUUUUUUCAAGUACGACCAUGAAUGAAGGGAAAGCCGAGACGAUCACCAUAGAAGAUGAAUCACAGUCUGAAGAUGACAAUAGUGAAGAGCUAUAUCAGCCGGUUUUUAUGAGAACCGAGGAAACGUGUCCUUUUGCCAGGUAACAUUUCCUUCGUACAAACAGAAAUUUGACUGUUUACUGAGUUGCGUAAGCAAAAGCUGAUAUCUGCCCACAAAUUUACGCGGUUUUGUUUUAUUUCAACAGUGCUGUAAAAACUGAGGGGAACGGUCAUAACGAAGUAAUCGAAAUCCUUUCCUCGCCGGAAAGAAGUCCGGAAAAAGAAAAGGUAAGCGCAGGUUCACUUUUCGUGGAGGCAUAACUAAGGAAUUGUUUUAACCGGCCAAGGUAGUUGGGAACUACCUUGGCCGGUUAAACAAUUCAUAAUGACUUCGUUUAGCACGGGUUGUUUCUUUAAUGGAGCCCGCUAUGCCUCCACGAAAAGUGAACCUGCGCUUACCUUUUCUUUUCCGGACUUCUUCCGGCGAGGAAAGGAUUUCGAUUACUUCGUUAUGACCGUUCCCAGUUUUUACAGCACUGUUGAAAUAAAACAAAACCGCGUAAAUUUGUGGGCAGAUAUCAGCUUUUUGCUUACGCAACUCAGUAAACAGUCAAAUUUCUGUUUGUACGAAGGAAAUGUUACCUGGCAAAAGGACACGUUUCCUCGGUUCUCAUAAAAACCGGCUGAUAUAGCUCUUCACUAUUGUCAUCUUCAGACUGUGAUUCAUCUUCUAUGGUGAUCGUCUCGGCUUUCCCUUCAUUCAUGGUCGUACUUGAAAAAACUGUCCACGCUCUCUCGCUGACUUCCACAGCGCACGUGGUUUCGAGUCGUAAAACAAUACUUUGUACUUUGGUCUUUGACAUUCCGUUAGUCACGUGCCGACCUGUUCAAGUAUUAGGCUGAUUUAACAAGAGGACGGGGACCAAAUAAACAAUAAAAAUAAUACAAAUCAAAUUAAAAUAAUUAAAACGAAAUAAAAUAAUAAAAGUUGUAGCUUUCAGACUAUUUUUAAGGUGGAAGCUACCUAUAUUUAGUAUAUUUAUUUCAUUUUCAUUAUUUUUAUUUGAUUUGUAUUAUUUUUUGUUUUUUGUUUUUUUUUAAAUUUUAUCAUUUGCGCUUUUUUCAAGGUUCCGGGUAGGUUCCGGGGGAUUCCGGGGGGUUCCGGUUGGUUCCGGGCGGUUCCGGGGGUUCCGGGCGGUUCCGGGCAGGUUCCGCCCUUUACAUACACCCAUAAAAUAACUUCUAGUAGAAUGGAGUCUUUUAGGUAAAAAAUAUGGUUUUAGUACCGUGAUCAAGUCACGUCUUCUCUCUAAAGUCAUCAUAAGCCAAUCAUAACUCUCGAUUUAAUAGCGUUGAACUUUCUCAAAACUCAGAAAACUCAGUUCAGUCAAACAACAAACAGCAGCACUUAAAAACACGAGUUUUUGCACUCAUUACAUGAUAACUUAUGAAAGCUGUUUGACAGGAAAAGUCAACACAAAUUCAUGCGAACGUGGAAUGAAAGAAUAAGUUCAUGGUUUGUUUACUACAGAAGUAGAAAUUAAUUGGACAUCAGACUGUCAGCUGUAUUUUGUUGAGUCGAUCCGUAAGAAUUUCAUUGUUACAGACGGAACUGACAGCUAUUGUAAUGGAGGACUUCAUUCACUUUUUACAAGCCGCAGUGGUUUAAGAUCUGUUUUCUGGACUUUAUAAUGAUCAAGAAAUGCUGCGGUAACGACGUGGCUGCGUUUGCGAAGUCGGUCGCAUGUAACUUUAUAUGCACGUACAGCGACCGAUGGAAAUAUGUCAGUGGUCAAAGGUUUCUUUGCCGUAGCCACAUAUUGGCGUUAAUAUUUGUCGAUUCGUGAAGGCAGGUGGUUUGAGGUAGGUUAUGGCAUCGAUAUCACCGAAUAAUUUGUGCAAAUGUUGGAAAAAACCAGCCCGAAACUCUGACAUCUUUCAUCAUCGUUGGCAGCUUGUUUACUGAACCUACAGCGGGCGAUUUUGUACCAUAUCUUGAUCAGAGAUCUCUUUUUGGAACAAUUUCUUUCAUUAAGGAAUUUAAUUUUGACAUAAAAUAAAUCAAGAAUGCUAAAACUAUCCGUUUUGUUGCUGGUUGGCACAUGGUUAAGUUUUCCUAGAGACUCUCUACACCAGAAAUUCACACAGUUGUUGGCUUUCUCUGCGAUUGGCAUCGUCGUGAAAUGUAAACUGUUUUCCAGCUUUGUACUUUAUAACUUCUAAAGCUAUGGCAGUAGCGAAUUGUGAGGCUCAGUAAUAAAAUGUGGAAACCAACGCUUUUAAUAUUAAGAAGGGCUGGGUAAGUAACUUGUUCUGUUUUUUAGCCGUUCUAAAAUCGUUGUUUGCAGAUCAAUCCGGUUUUGUUUAUGGCUCGUGGUCCGGAUGCCUUUUUCUAUGGGUUUACCGGUAUAAUAAACCAUAGGUUUUUGACCAAUCAGAUCACGCGUACUAUCUCAGUUAUUUUAUAAUAUAAAAUAUCCUCUUGUAUGGGAUUUGAUGUUACAUCCGAAUAACACUAAAUUAUUGUUUUUAACUCUGGGGCUGCCUUAAAGGCAUUGUAACUUUGAGGAGCACUUUUCUUCAAGUCUUCUCUGUGGGGACCCUCAAACAAUUCUAUUAGACAAGGUUUGGCCCAAAAUAAUAAUGAUUACUGCACUUGGCAUGGACACAACAUAAGUUUUCCAAAGUUCCUUUUCAUAGCCGGUUCUUCAUGUUUCUAUUGAACAGCACUUUCAAGAAAACAAGCUCACACAUCAGAGUAAAGAUACAAUAAAAGUUAUUUAUUGUUACAUUUUGUUUUUUGUAAAUAAACAUUUUAUUUUAGGUCCUGACAGUUAAUUCUUUCCGUAUUACUGUUUUUGAUUCUGACCUGCAUGACUCGCUUCCAUGGCUCGCUGGCUCGCAUAUUAUACACACUCUUUUAUCUCAAAAUCUUGUUUUUUUUAACACCUUCUUGGACAUGAAAACCAAACCAAAACUUAAUUGAUAUAAUGAAGACAGUAGCAGCUGACAUCGAUUUUCAAUAGUUAUCUUGUGAGAUGUCUUUCAUGUAUUAUUUAUUAGGGAGGAUUAUUUUGUUGAAGACGAUGCAUUAACAUAGAUGCUUUGUCAUCAAGAGAAUCUCAAUAAUUUAGGAUUUAUUCAAAUACACACAUAUUCGAUAUUAUGACAUAAAAUAUGGGCUUAUUGCUCAUGCACAGGGAUUGAUGGUGGAGAGUGUGGCAUCUUUCAUGUUUCAGAUUGACCUUUUGCACAGCACAGGGACUGAACAUAUUAUGUGUUUGGCAUGUAUAAAGUAUAAACAAUAUUUGACGCAAGGGAUUGAACAUUAUGUAGAGAAAAUCUUCACAAGCCUCCACUUCCAUGACUCCUUCCUCAUCUAUCUCCUUUAAAGCCCCUUGAAUAAGGGCCACAGUCUCUUCUAUGGUUGAAUGGUCAUUGAGUGUGAGCUUCCACUCACAAGGUAUAUAAGCCCCCCACCCCCUCCAACCUGUUUCCCUCUUACCCGUUUUUGAAAGGGUCAAAGGAGGGGCUUUUGUGGUGGGUAAGCCUGUGACCACACUACAAAGAAACAAAAAAAAAACAUGUUUCAUUUUAUUGAGGUAGGGUUGAAUUUGGACAUUAAAUUUUUCAUUACAGUGGAACAUAAGGCGAACCUAAAGCAAUAUUUUUCCCUCAGAGCACAAAUGUGUCGUUCUGAAGAUAUUUUGCAUUUUGUCUUCUUGGUUCCUUUUCCCAGCUUUUUGGCACAAACGCGACAACAUGUUUGUAAUAUUUCCAGAUGUUUGUCUACAUUUUUUACGGAAAUCCUGAUCAAAAUAAAAGAAAUCAAUAUAAGAACCUACUCACACUGAUUUAAAACUCAUUCCACACACAUGAUCUGGAUCAAUAAAGUGAUUUCUAGAUGAGAGUCGCAUACAUUGCCGGUGAACACGACCAAAAACAGACCUGAUCGAUUAUAACUAAAACUACAUAGACAGACUAAGGCAUAACCAUCAAUAUCAGUAACCCUUCCUGUCCGUUGGCAAUUUUCAAUGUGUGGUUGCCAUUUUUACUAGGUUGUUGCCAUCGAUGAAACUUUGCCUGAACACACUUUACACGUAGUAGUUUUGAGGAAAAUUAGUCUUGAUUUCGUAAAAAUUCGGCAAGAUACUGAAAACUAAACAUAAAGUCAUGUACUUACAUUCGAUACCCGUCAAGAUGGCGGCGGCGGCGUCGAAGGCCAUUUGAAAACUGUCUCUUUUAACUACCGAAAUGUGGCAGGAAACUUCCCUUGACAUUCAAAAAGCAAGGAGAAGGCUUCUUUAUCGGUACUGCUAGCUCGGAAGUCCCGGAUAUUGAACGAGGAGACCUGGAACGGGUUUUGAAAAAAGCUCCCUUGUUUCUUGCGAUUAUUUUUUCCUAUUUUUUGCGUGUUUUUAGCAGAACAAUGGAAUCAUGACGUCAUCGCUUCUUCCAAAACUGGCAUACUCCCGAACUGGUGAUCGUGAUCGUGAUAUUUGGACAAAAUAAAGUAACGCCACAAAUUUUAAAAUACAGUACGAUUUCUUUAUGGAUAUAAAGAAAAGCAACUUUUUAGAGGACCGUUUUAGAAUGUUCGGUUUCGGUCUAAAACUCUACAACGUGAAUGCUGGUAAUCGUCGUUACGCGUCUGUGAGUUCUGCCCGCACAGGCGCGAAAAUCCAAUAAUAGCCAAUCAGAGGCGCGGUUGUAUUGAAAAAUUCGUUAACAUAAUUUAUUUAUUAGGUUUGGCACAUGUGAAGUUCGACGUGUGAAUCGAAGUCGAUCUUUUGCCGUUCUAUUCGACAAGCUCAGUCGAAUAGAACGGCCGAGUUGACCCAAAUACAAAAGUGUCGUUCCCAGUUGGUUUAUACGUAGAACUUUAGAUGGCCGAACCUAAUAAUUAGGUUCGGCACAUGUAAAGUUCGACGUUUGAACCGGGCCGUAGUCUUUCUUCCUCCGAUUCACUGAACUUAAUGGUUUUUUUUAAUACUUCUCCAAUGCUUGCUUUAUAUAUGCGUUAUGGCUCAGUCAAUUCCAAGCAUAUCAGAAACACUUGUGAAGGCAAAACCACAACGACAAACCAGUGAGGGUUCGCCGGAUCUUUAGUAGACCUGGAUCAGUAAAAUCUUGAGUACCAAAUUUUAAACUUAAAACAGUAAACUGAUUCUUACGGGAGGAAAAGUGGCACGCGGCACGCGGCACGCGGCACGCAGUACGCGGCACGCAGCACGCGGCAUGCUUGGGAUUGGCCACUCCAGAAAAUACCAUAACAUACCAUAAUGCUGUUUGUUUCUCACCCUAAAAUGUUGCGUAAGCAUUGUCUUCAGUUUCUGUUGGGUGUUAAAAUGGCCCCAAGAGAAGCUGAAGACAAUGCUUAUGCAAAAUUUUGGGGUGACAAACAAAGAGCAUUAUGGUUUGUUAUGGUAUUUUCUGGAAUGGUCAAUUGGCUGAGCCAUUAUUGUUCGAUGGCUGGAUAUUGGCCAAGUCCCUCUUUCCGGUUUUAUUGACCGAGACGAGGCCAAUAUACAACCAUCUUGAUCGAACAGGCGUGGUAAAUAAAGGAUUUACUAUAUGGCCAAAAAGACAACAAUUCCUUGAGGAACAACGCGAGCAAUCCUUAGCCCGCUUGGUUAGCCAAUCAGAACUCAGGAUUUGUUUCAUCUUGCCCGCUUACGGAUUCAGCCAUAUAAUAAUUGAACACUAAAUUCAAGAGUUAAUUACAGCCCAGAGUUCUUUUGAUUAACUUGCGCUCUCAUAUGCGAUAGAGGUGUAGAAACUUUUAGCAAGUGCAUUCCGAACAAAAAUAAACUAACUUUCAAGAGAUUUUUCACCUUACCAAAAAGGCAAGUGAUAGAAGCACGCGCAUUGCAUAUCAACUACUUAUUGAGCACUGAAAUAAGACCUGUAGAACGAACAAGGAACAUUUCAGUUCACCCAAUAGCAUUUCAGGUCAUUUCAGGCUGUUGUAUCGUACAGUAAGCUGCUGUCUAUAAAUAGAAGGUUUAUCAUAUUUAUUGUAUCGACAUUUCUUUAACAUUUCACUCAUUGAAGCUACGUUUUCAGCUUUUUCGACAUGUCACGUGAACUAUCUUAAGAAAUAAGAAAAACAAACAAGCAAAAUUCAUUUAUGUAGAGUUGUGCCCCAAGACUUUUCCGGGUUUGGGGUAGGCAAGGAAAUUAGGUACAAAACAUGAUGAGGUCGAAUUGAAUUGAAUCAUGAUAAUACAUGAAAGAUUUUGUGAUAAGAGAGCUUUUUUUUUUCAAAGUCAUAUCUCAUCCAACAAUGUCGAAUGAAGAGCCGUACAGAAAAAAAUACUGGCAGUUUUACGCGCGAACGUAGAUGCACAUUGUAUAAGGAUAACUGAUUUCAAUUAAUUCUGGUUCACACAGUUCACAGAUUUAUAUGAUGCUUUUAUAAAAUUCAAAAAAAGUCUCAUGUGUCACGAUUCAGGAUUGUCACACCGGGGUAUGUACAUUGCAGUGCAAGUUCAAGUUAGGAAUCACACACGGUGCCCCAUUAAUAACAAGAUCAGUCUUUUUAGCAACGUUGUACUUGACUGUUGUAACUCCUGUUUCCCUGUCUCUCUGAAACGAUACCUGAAAAGACAACAAGAACACAAAUAAGGAAUUUCAAGAUUAAAUGAACUUGCAAGUUUGUGCAAAGAAUGAAAAUUCAGAUCAGAAGGAUAUGCAAUAACAACUGAAGACGACGCGAUUAUAUAUUUUCCCCUCGAUGUGAAUGAAAUUUUUGACUAUGAUAAACGUCAUGCUACCCUCUGAAAACCUUGUUCACGAGGCUUUCCGUCGGCACUUUUUCUAAGUGUACUCGUAAUUAAGAAAAGACAAAACGAAAAUAAUUAAUUAUCACGACCCAUAAGUACCAUAUCAACUUUCCGGUUUUACGCGCAAGAAAAGAGUCAAAAGGGAGUGUCGACAACACUCUGCGGGACCAAGAUAUUGUUGGGCAUGUUUUCAAAUCAUUACCUUUUUCUGUUGUUUUCGGGUAUCACAUAAGGAAUGAAUUGUUUCCAACUUGCAGACUAUUCAUUUAAUAAGUAUUUAAGAGGGAUCUCUGCGCCAUUUAGGAAAUUCUUCAUUAAUAAAGUACAAGAGUAAAAUCAUGCAAUUGAAUACUAACAAUAAAUAUUGCAAAAUUAAUUGAUAUUGUCUAUAUUUUAUACGCUGCUUAGUACGGAAAACUGGUCUAACUUACGAAUAUUUUGCCCAAUAGACAGUUGGGCCAAAUUUGGUAGGUGUUUAGCGCCAUUAUUCCGGGCCUGAAUUUCUUACACAGGUUCUUAUACAGUGUCAUGCUUGCAAUGCAGUAUAUAAAACGCAGAUAUUAUUGUUGACUUUAUAAGUUGUAAAGUAGCCAUAUCCUGCCAAAUGUACAAUUAACAUGCAGUACUAAUGUCAUGUCUUCCAGUUUAUAAGAACUGCAAUUAAUGAACUGUACAAAGCUGGAAAACGAACAAGUGGAGUUUACAAGAUGGACUCAGACGGUGCUGGUGCCUUUGACGUGUACUCUGACCAAACAACGGCCGGUCGGGGGUGGACAGUGUUCUAG